AUGUUAUCCCGGGUUAAACUUACAAAUGCACACACUGUUCGCGGUAGGCCCACACUAAAAAAUAACACUGAGUGUUUUCGGAAUGGGCUGGUCCGCGAACUCAAAGAAAAACUUAGGAAAUCAUCAAGACAUUCAAUGACAUCAAAGACUCAUGGACCCCGUAGACGUAAUAACAAAUCGGAAUAUCAAGAGUGUACGUGUAAAAUGGAUAAGAGUUUGAACAGAGGAAUGUUUAACAAGUUUGAGAGUCGCAAGAUUUGUGUAGCUGGUUAUCAGUGUGACAAUAGUGAUUUUGAUUUUUGCAUUGCGGAACACAACGAGUUGCCUGUGAUAAAAAUCUGUUCCGAUGAAGGAAGAGACGAUUGUCAACAAUCGAAACUAAAAGGGACUGAGGCUUCUUUGGAACUACUGUGA